AUGGAGACAAAGACCACAGGAGAAAGAGGUCUACCAGGAACGAAAGGAGAAGAAGGUAAGAUAGGACUUCUCGGACUUCCUGGACUACGAGGAUUGACUGGUUCCGAGGGACCAAAAGGUGAUGUUGGAUUACCUGGUCUUCCUGGUCCACCCGGAGAACCCGGCCUCAUGGGCGUGAAAGGUGAGCCUGGAAAGGACGGCGAGGAUGGACGAGCAGGCGAUCCUGGCGUACUAGGUGAAGCUGGACUACCUGGCAAGGAAGGAUUACCGGGUACUCCUGGGAAACCGGGUUCAGAAGGGCCGGCGGGUCAGCAAGGUAAUACAGGAUUGCCAGGAGAGAAAGGAGACAUCGGUCUUCCUGGCGCGCCGGGUCUCCAAGGACUUAUCGGACCUCAAGGCUUUCCUGGUUUACCUGGCUUGCCAGGAGAAAGAGGUUUGCCAGGAGCGGCUGGAGAAAACGGGCUCUUAGGUAUGCCGGGAGCCAGUGGCGCUCCUGGAAUUAUCGGACCGAUUGGUCCGCAAGGUCAGAAAGGUGAUAAAGGUCGUAGAGGUAUUAAAGGACAUAGAGGCGAACUAGGACUCGUUGGAAUCAAAGGCGAUCAUGGAAAGCAGGGAGAGAAAGGUGAACGUGGACUCCCUGGAACGGAAGGGCUUAAAGGAAAUCCCGGACGUCCAGGUAAUACUGGACUCAAAGGGGAACAAGGAUUUGUCGGUCUACCUGGACCACCGGGACCGUCCGGGCUGAAAGGAAAUGUCGGGAAUGAUGGGAUGCGAGGUGACGUAGGUCCAGAGGGUCCGCCAGGUCCACCAGGACCACCUGGCUUAACAAUUGGACAAUCUGAUUUCGACGGGAUAAUACCGCCGAUGAUAUUUCGUGAUCAAUCGGCCAGAAGAAAACGCAAUUCUCCCGAAGAUAUCGAUGAAGAAGAGAUAUUUGACAGAAAGCUCUUAGACAUAAACAAGGCUUUUUCAAACAUACAACAGGAAUUGCACUUAAUGCGUAAGCCACUUGGUACCAGAGAUAAUCCCGCAAGAACGUGUAGAGAUUUAUUUUACGGACAUCCCGAUUUUAAGAAUGGUUGGUAUUGGAUCGAUCCAAAUCUGGGUAUGCCCGACGACGCUAUUAGCGUAUUUUGCAACAUCACGAACAUGGGUGAGACCUGCAUCUUUCCAGAUAUUCACAGUAGUCAUAUGCCGAACAUUCCGUGGAGGAAAGAAGACAAUAAAAUCGAUUGGUACUCGCGUUUACGCGGAGGAUUCAGAGUAAGUUACGAGUCAAUCGGAGUGGUGCAGAUGAACUUUCUGCGUCUGCUUAGUCCAGAAGCUUACCAGAACUUCACGUAUACGUGCACGAACAGCGUCGCUUGGUACGACAGCGAGAAUCGCAGUUACAAUCUCUCGCUGCGAUUACUCGGCGACAACGAGGACGAAUUCUCAUACAACGGUUUCAGACCCUAUCUCAUCGCGGACGAAUGCAAGAGCCGGAGUAGUAAGGGGGAGACCGUGUUCUUAAUUCGCACCAGCAAGCUGCAGCAGCUGCCGCUGAUCGAUUUUUAUCCGGUCGAUUACGGAUCGCCACAACAAGCUUUUGGCUUCAAAGUCGGCCCGGUAUCUGCUGAGGUUCCUAUUACCGCUAGCGCGGUGUCCACCAAGUGCCGGCCGCUCUCGUCAGAUAGCGUUAAGCCUCCGUGUGCUCCAGAUUCCGCUUUACCCAGCUAA